UAAAACAUGGCUGCUUCAUCGAACGUCUCUGUGUGAGGUUUCUGUUCCUCGUCACAAAAAUAUUCACAAUGAUAACGCCUGCAUUUGACGUGAGUCAGAAUCCUGAGUACCUGAUCCUCUCGGUCCGUGUUCCCUACACCAGAACGUCAGAGUUUGACCUCUAUAUCGAUGGCACAGAUGUCAAAUUCUAUGCCAAACCGUACUUUCUUAGGUUAACGCUGCCAGGUAGGGUAGUGGAAGAUGGAAGAGAAAAGGCCUCAUUCGACAUUGAUAAAGGUCUCUUCACUGUGCAGAUCCCCAAAGAAAUCGCUGGAGAGCACUUUGAAGGCCUCCAGAUGCUGACAAGUCUCCUUGCUCCCAGAGGGUCCCGCUCAGCAAAGCCUCUGCUACAGGACAUCAACCCAGAUUGCAGUGAAAGUGUGGACAAUGAUGAAGCAGAGGAUGAGGAGGAUUUUGACUGGCAAGUUGAGCAGGAAGUUUAUGUCGAGAGGUCUGAAGAGGGGCUAAGUGACCUGCAGAAAUACGGCUUUGGCAAUCAGAGAUAUGGAGUGUUUGCCAGAUUACAGGAAGAACUCAGUGAUGUGAUAGAUGUCAAAAACCCAGACAGAACAACAAUAGCUGAAAGGAGGCAAGCGCGGAUGCAUGCGGAGGCUUCGGCCUUCUCCCCUGAUCAUUACCUAGCUGAUUUGUUUGAAGACGCUGAGAUAAAGAGACUACUGAAAUUCAGAUCUUGGUGGACAAAGCUUUGUCGUUCACCAGAGCAGGAAGAAGAGCCUGUUAUAUUGUUCAGCAACGAGGAGAAAGAGCAGCUGAGAAAAUUCACCAACCAAUCAUACCUACUCGAUAAGACUUCACGUUACCAAGUGUGGCUCAGCCUGGUGGACAUUAUACUGGCUUACUCCUAUGAAGUGCGCUCUACAGAGGGAGAGCACAAUGUGGAGUCACCGUGGACAAUCAGAAAACUCAGUGGGACGCUUUGUUGGUUGGAGACAUACAGCUCUUUACAGGAGGUCCUGGUGUCAUUUGGGCGAAGGGUUUUAUGCUAUCCACUCUACCGACACUUUGAAAUGGUGUCUGCUGCUAUUUCUGACACAGUUGCAGUGUUACGGUCAGGGAGAGCCUGCAUCCUCAAAUGCCUACUUGAUAUUCACAAAGUCUUCAGACAGAAUGACCCAGCCUACAUACUCAAUGAUCUGUACAUUACAGACUACUGUAUCUGGAUCCAGAGGCUCAAGUCGAAGAAGUUGUCAGCUUUGGCCGCUGCACUACAAAAAGUCUCCCUACAGAAAAAAGAUUUGGAUUUGGACAUUGAGGAGCUAGAAGAGGCAGCCACAAUGGUUGUUGAGGAGGAAGACGGAGCUUCCAAGACAGCUUCAGAAUAUCACACCAGCAGCCAUUCCGGUGACAGCAGCAGUUCGGAAGAAGACGAGUCUGAAGUUGAAGGGCAAGCUCAUGCUGAAUCCGGGGGAGGAGAGUCAUCUAAGGACAGCCCUCUCAACCCUCAACACACCUCCGCCGUCUGCGUUUCCAUCCAGCAGGAGCGAGCACUCACAAUGCUGUCAGCGGAGAGCAAAGUCGACACCCUCCCCCAAGCCCCAGAAGGCGCCAGACCGCUCAUCCAGGAGCUUGGGGAGCUAAGAAUCUCUCAAGAAUUGAAUGGAAGUCCUAAAGCGGAGAGAAAGUGUUCGCAGCAGAGCGUCGUGUCAUCAGGAGGGAGCAGCAGUGGGACUUUAUUGGAGUCGAGCCCUCGCAGGAACCCGCUGCUCAUUGUUAAAAAACAGGAAGAUCCUCAUACACAGGACGUUAUCUCAUGAUGUGCUGAUUGAAGACUAUUUUCAAAUGUAACUUCCGUGUAAGUCAUCUCAUGUGAUUGACUUUCAUGUUCAUUACUGUUCUGUUCUGUACUGUUCAUUACUGAUUUGGUGCAUAUUUUCAGAUUUUAGAUUUGUCAUCUUUUCUUUUCGUUUACUCAGCAUGUAUAUUUGAUGCUGUAGUUUUUUUUUCAUCAGACAGUAGUUGGAACAAAUGCUUUUCCUGCCAUAUGUUGUUUUACUAUUGCUGGCUGUCACUGUAUGUGCAGGACUUAUAAUAAAUAGCUAUUAAAUA